AUGGCACCCCCUCCUCCUCUUCCCAAACGGCUCAUCACCAUCACUCCUCCCUGGUGCGAAGGAGCUGACGUAGCCAAUGCCCUCGAACCAACUCCCGAACCCUUCCCCCUCACCGUACCUCACUCAACUCGUCGUCACACUCGUCUCUAUGACGAACUUCGCAACUACGAUGAACUCGAUAACCGCGCUCUAAAGAACCGUGUCGAUGCUCUUUGUGCCGAGAUCCUCUACUGGCAAGAACACGAUACCGAAACUCUUCACGGCCUCUCCAAGACCAUCGUGAUCAAGUACGGCGAGACCGCUCUCCGCGUCAUCCGUCGAGUUUGGGAUCUUCAUCUAUGCUACAGCCAUUCUCCUGAGAUUCCUGGCGAUGAUCCUGGUCCUUUUGACCAGAGUACUUGGCUCGCUACUAUUCGUGAUACCGUUCUCUAUCGCUCACAUUACGCAGAGGACUUCAAGAUCCUGAACCACGACCCGACCAAGAAGGGGAUUUACAUUACCGACGUCCUCGUCCAUGAGCACCGCGAUCGUGUUGAGCGUGCUGCUAAGGAGAAAGAGGUCUUUAGCGGUAUGUUUGAGGAGAUCACCCAGAAGAAUAUCAUCGAGCUUCCUGGUCAUAAGGCUACCGCUCUCGGAGUCGCACCCCUUUUAGGUCUACGCCUGUGCGGUGAAACUGUCGAAGAUUUCUACCGAACCAUCGACGAGAAGGAGGAAAUUCUCGAGAACGAAGACGAAGGUGACAUGCGUUACUACCAGGCAUUCCAGCUGUGGCACAUCGCUGCUCGCGCCGCCCUGGGCUGGGAACCUCGUCGCGUCGGUACUGUUCAAGGCGUUUUGGAUAUGUACUGUUACGACAUCCUCCGCCGCCGCAGAUUCGAAAAGCGCAAGCGCAACUCUGAGCUACGACAACAGCUUGAGGCUAUCCUUGGAGAUACCCGUGGUGAUCAGGUCGGCUUCGGGAGUGAGGCUGAUGAUGAACGAAACAGCGAGCGUGAGGAGACGAGUGAGUCUACCUCUGACGACUCUGAUGAGGAUGAAGAGGACAGUUCCGACGAUGAUCGUCCUGUCUUCGGUCACUACGUUGAUUAA